AUGUCUCCCACCAGCCAAUCGGGCCUACACGCUGCCCUACAAGGCGACAGCUAUGAUCCAACUGUGGAAGACUCGAGCUCUGACCUCGAAUCCUGUUCUGAUUCCGAGGACGACGAUGAGCUCUCCAUGGUUGUGCAGUCCCCCACCAAGCUCGUCUACAACAUCAAUCAUCUUUCGGAAAAGGCGCAAGGCGCCGUACGCGACCUCUUUAGCGAGCCUCCCGCGAUCGCGCUGCAGCAGUGUCGUCUCAUUGAUGAUACAUAUGCCUUUCAGAUGACUGAGCUCGUCACUCAGUCUAUUCGCAUUCGGGCCAAUGGCGAUGGAUCAUCCCAGCUCACCUGCUCGUGUGGACGCGGGGACGAAGCAGAGCCGUGCUCACACCUGCUAUGGCUCCUAGACCAGCUCACAAAACAAACGCUCUACGACCACGAUCCCAAAACGCCUCUUACCAUGACCCAAGACGGCUUCGCCAAAGAGCUCGGUGAUCCCUUCACUGCCAUCUCAGAGCACCACCUCGACGUUCUGUCAGAUGGCCUCCACUGCCAGGUCAUCGACCCAGAAGCCCUCUCCGAAGAUGACCUCGCUUCUUACCGCGUCCAAGAGUCGCGCGAGCUUCUUGCCGCCGUCUAUGGGACAAAUCCGGAAGACUUCCGUCCGGAUAUCUUCGGGCGGCCUAUGCUCGGGAAGAAGGUGCUCAAGCGCAACGACCUCGACUGCACCGUCUUCCGCAUGCUGCUCGACAACCACCACUUCUUCAACUACUUCCAGUCGGUUUCUCGUCCCAGAGAUCCCAUCAACGAUCCGUUCAGGAAGCUCGCGCAAAGAGUCGAUCGCGUGCUCCGCAGAUUCGACGCAUACGCUUCUGAUCCCGCCUCAGCGCGAUCAUCCGCAGAAACACUCCCUGACGCCUCCUGGGCAGCAAAACACCUCCUCGGAUGCACCAAGCUCAUCAAAUCCAUCAUCUAUACACGUGACCGGCCUCUCCAGCCCUCAGAAGCUGCCUCUGCCGCGCGCACGCUGGUGCACAUCCUUUCCGCCGUCGUCUCCCGCAACCACGACGUAGUCCCAUCAGGUUCUCUCACGGAGUCGCGCACAGAGAGAAAUUUGUAUCUGCGCCUCAUCGGCGAUAAAGACAGAGACUUUGUGCUGGCGGAGCUGAAUCUGCUUCCCGAGGCGGCGAGCCAGCAUCUGCAUACCCUAGAGGCUAUUUUCGAGGACAUCGGGAUGCACGGCGCGCCGAUGACGUUCUUCGAUAAGUUCAAGGCACUGCUGGGAAGAUUAAGGACGCCAAAGAGAAGCUCUAGUUUGAAGAGGCAGAUUGACGAUGAGGGUGCCGCUUCUAGAGGCUCUAAGAGGAUGAAGUAA